CUCGCUCCGCGCCCGCCUGAUGUCACAAUGAGGCGCAGGCCGCGGCCUCCUUCCCGCCCCUUGAUGGCGCCGGCUUCCGUUCGGUUGCCAAGGAGAAGGAUACACACUGCGGCCCAAACUGAAAAGGCCCCGGGGGAAGCGCGGAGCAUAGGCUGCGGAGCCCGAGGGGCAGGUGGAGCUGCAAGAGCCGCUCGGGUUUCUGAGUGGAGAGGCGAAGCGGAGAAGCAAGAGCCCCUCAAGGCCGCAGGGGGAUCCAGGGGGCGAGAGACCACCCCGCGGGGACGCUGCCGAGGCUCUCGGAAGUGGGUGACCAGCAAGAGCCAUGAGUCAGAGGCAGGUCUUGCAAGUCUUUGAGCAGUAUCAAAGAGCCCGAACACAGUUUGUUCAGACUGUUGCAGAACUUGCUACUAGGCCACAAAAUAUUGAGACUCUUCAGAAUGCAGGUGUAAUGGCUCUGCUGAGGCCGCUCCUAUUGGAUGUGGUUCCAAAUAUUCAACAGACAGCUGCUUUGGCCCUUGGGAGACUUGCCAAUUAUAAUGAUGACCUGGCAGAAGCUGUAGUUAAGGGAGAUAUUCUUCCGCAGCUCGUGUAUUCAUUGGCUGAGCAGAAUCGUUUCUACAAGAAAGCAGCUGCGUUUGUAUUGCGAGCAGUUGGAAAACAUUCUCCCCAGCUAGCCCAGGCGAUAGUUGACUGUGGAGCACUAGACACGCUGGUCAUCUGCUUGGAGGAUUUUGACCCUGGAGUAAAGGAAGCUGCGUCCUGGGCCCUUGGCUAUAUAGCGAGACACAAUGCAGAACUGUCACAGGCUGUGGUGGAUGCUGGAGCCAUUCCUCUCUUAGUCCUCUGUAUCCAGGAGCCAGAGAUUGCUUUGAGAAGGAUUGCUGCUUCCGCGCUCAGUGAUGUUUCAAAGCAUUCUCCGGAGUUAGCACAGACGGUUGUGGAUGCCGGGGCAAUUGCUCACUUGGCUCAGAUGAUCCUGAACCCCGAUGCCAAACUAAAGCGUCAGGUGCUCUCAGCUCUCAGCCAGAUAGCAAAGCAUUCUGUGGAUCUGGCAGAAAUGGUGGUUGAAGCAGAAAUUUUCCCUGUUGUACUCACAUGCCUGAAGGACUCGGAUGAAUAUGUCAAGAAAAAUGCUGCAACUCUAAUUAGAGAGAUAGCAAGGCAUACGCCUGAGCUUUCACAACUCAUAGUGAAUGCAGGGGGAGUUGCUGCUGUCAUUGACUGUGUUGGUUGCUGCAAAGGAAAUGUUAGACUUCCUGGUAUCAUGAUGCUGGGCUAUGUGGCAGCUCAUUCAGAGAACCUGGCCAUGGCAGUGAUCAUUUCAAAGGGGGUUCCACAGCUGGCAGUGUGCUUGUCAGAAGAGCCAGAAGAUCAUAUUAAGGCAGCAGCUGCCUGGUCUUUGGGACAGAUUGGGAGACACACUCCGGAACACGCCCGUGCUGUUGCGGUAGCAAAUGUCUUGCCUGUGUUGCUUUCCCUGUAUAUGUCAACUGAAAGUUCAGAAGAUCUUCAAGUCAAAACUAAGAAAGCUUUAAAGAACAUCCUGCAGAAGUGCACUCAUCUGCCAGCACUCGAACCCUUAUUGCAUGAUGCUCCUCCAAACAUCCUGAAGCACAUAGUCGGCCAGUUCAGUAAGGUUCUGCCCCAUGAUUCCAAAGCACGGCGCCUUUUUGUAACGAGUGGAGGCCUUAAAAAGGUUCAGGAGAUAAAAGCAGAGGCUGGGUCACUUCUUCAAGAGUAUAUCUACACAAUUAACAAUUGUUAUCCGGAGGAAAUAGUCAGAUAUUAUUCCCCUGGAUAUUCUGAAGCACUUCUGGAAAGGGUAGAAAAUUAUCAGCCAGUUCUAUAAACCCUUCAUCAUUUGUGACAGAGCAUUCCUCACCCCCCCAUUUCCAAUCUGUGUUUUUGAGUGGCAAGUGACUAUAUUUCUAGUCUGGGAGAUAUUUAACUUUCUAUAUUUUUCUGUUCCCAAUCAAUUAUGACAACAGGAAGACAUACCCUUUCCAUCUUUAAUCUACACUUGGUUUUCUGGAAACCUUACCUAAGAACAAAGACUUUUACGCACCUGUGUUAAGAGGCCUGCAUUUCUCAGAAGUUAUUGAGGACCUGAAGGGGCCAGCGCUCUUCCCGGAUAUACCUGUGGUCUUCAGAGCAGUUUGUCCAAUCAGGUCCUUAAGACAAAGAAUAGAAUGAGAGGAUUACAGCCUCAUCCAAUAAGCACUGGACCCAGCAUAGCAUAGCCUCUGUUCAUUUCAGCAGAGAGGUGCAGGUUGAGACUACCCAGUCCAAGCAGGAAUUGUCUUCAAAUGAACAAACAAGUGGCAAACUACUUCCUCACCCCACUUCUUCACUGACCCUUGUACCACCUCCACAUAAGCACUCUUUCCAUGGCACCUUGAAGAACCAAGGUGCAACUGGUAAAUUGAUGGGUAUUCACCCACCCACCCCGAAGAUGCAGUUUUUGUCUCUGCAAACAUUUAGGAGUGGAUUUCAAAAGAACUGUGAUUUGGGUAACAAAGUGUUUGAAAGGAUAGGUGGUGAGUGAUUAAAGGGAAACUGAAAAUAAGCAUGGCAUUGAAUUUUACUUGAAAAUUUAUCAACUCCGGAAAGAGAGAAUACUUAAAAUAAUAUUUAAAAAUUGCACCUUGGCAACUUUCCACAUACUCAAAAUGAUAGCACUGGAUACUAACAAAUAAAACUACAUACUAAGUCAAA